UUAAUCUUUAUUAAUAAUUAUAAUCUAGCCAAAAGAAACAUAAAAAACAUGGCCAAAAGAUUUACCAAACCUUCUAUUAAUUGGGUAGAAUUAGAAAAAUUGGUGCCACCUGAACAGAAAGGCAACUAUUUGGCUUUCAAGGCAAAAGGUGAUGCCUAUUUUAGGAGAGUGCAAGCAAAUCCACCCGAGCCACCGAAGAUCGACUGGGCUGAAUACAAGAAACUCUGCCCAGUGGAAGGCCUAGUGGAUAAGAUGAAGUCAUCCUAUGAAGCUUACAAGAUUCCCGUCCCAGCGGACACUCUUACUGCUACCAUUGACAAGCAGUGGGAGGGCUUGCAGCCGCAAAUAAAAGCGUACUGCGCCGAACGACAGAAGGAAAUCGACUUGGCCACAAAGGGUAUAAACCACAUCAACUCCCUCCCCAAGUUCGACGUGGUGACGAUGGAGAUGGUGUACGAUAUGUACCCGGACCUCGCCCUGGACCCGGUCAACCGGCCCACCUUCUGGCCCCACACGCCCGAGGAACAGCCUGGCUACCGGACUCCGGAGCAGAGGGACUUUAAACACUGGGACGUGUUUACUCCGAAAAAGUAGAAGAUCUGAUUCGGUGUGUAUUGCGGAAUAUUUUGAGUUGGCUAAUUUUUAUAACACAGAUAGCGUGUUAUUUUAAACGUGGGUUCUAUGAAAUUGUGAUGUCUAACUUUUGCACUUUUUGCUCUCAAAAUAGUUCUCAACAUAGCUUGGUUUGAUUCUACAGAUGUG